AUGAUUUCAAACUAUGAUGAAAAUUAUGAAACAAUAAAAAACGAAUUUUAUAAUUUAUAUAACAAUGUAUUAAAUAUUAAUGACUCAUUAAACUAUCACAAUAAUACUAUUAGAGAAUUAUAUUUAAACGAAAAUAGUACUUUAAAUUUAUUAAAUAGAUACUAUGGUUAUCAAAACGAUCACCCAAUAGGUACAUUUAGCGGUAGUUUGCUAUUUUCUUUUAAAAACACAUUUGAUACAUGGACAAGGGACCAACAAACUCAAUAUCAAACAAUCAAUAGAUAUAUUACACAAUUAGAAUCAGUUAAGGGAAAAAUAGAAAGAUUAGGUAACACAAAUCCAAGUGAUUCAUUGAGAUUAAAGAAUGAGAUUUUUAAAGAUGUACAACAACAGUUUGAUAAUAGAGUAAAUCAAUUUGAUAUACCAAUUAUAAAUAUUCAAUAUUCUUUUAAUAGUUUAAUUCAAUCUUUAAAUUCAAAUUUAAAUGAAUCUUCAGCUUCAUUACAAAGACCAAUUAAUUUCUCAAGCCCAGUUUCCCAUUUAAGAGCAGGUAACCCCCCAGUAGUAAAUAAUAAUUUAGUAAGAAACCCAUUACCCCAAAUUUCAAAACCAGCCCCUUCUAGACCUGUUUAUACCCAACCACAAGUAUAUUCACCAACAACUCCACCAACUACAGCUUAUACCCAACCACAAGUUUAUUCACCAACAACAACACCACCACCACAAUCCUACCAACAACAUUACCCACCACAGCAUAACCUACAACAACAAAAUGUUACAACCCCACCUCCACCACAAGAAAAGAAAACUGUUAAAUCAUCUCUUAGAACAAUAGAAAGACCACCUCCAGUUGCAUUACCUGAAUCCACCUUUAUUGAACCUGAAAUUAAAAGAAGACCUGGUGAUUUCCUUAAGGAUCCAAAUGCACCACGUUUUGUUCCAGAAAAAGUUGAACCAAUUUCAAAGAAACACGAAAUGUCACAUCAUAACAUGUCUUUAUCAGAACAAUAUCAAAAGACAAAAGAAACUAGAGAGCGUAUGGCUGCUGAGCGUAAGGAGGCCCAAGACCGUAUGAAUGCAGAUCGUUCUGCUGCUCAAGAACGUAUGAAUGCAGAUCGUUCCUCCGCCAAUCAACGUAUGAAUGCUCCACCUCCACCACCAUCCACAUUACAUCGUUAA